AUUCUCCUUAAUAACUUCACCAAAUUAUCUAAAAUUUUUUUUGCACUCUUCAUGGCUGCUAUUCGUAAAAAAUUGAUUUAUGCGAUAAUUCAAGAAGCUUUUAGUGAAGCAAAUAAGAAUCCUAAUCUUAAUUUCGACUUAACCAAUCAACAGAAAUUAUUAGAUGAAAUAAUUUUUGCUAAUAAAUCUCUUACAAAAAAUGAAAAAGCAGAAACAGUAAGAAUAAUAACUGAGAGUUACGAUUAUUUUAGAAUUAUUAAAAACGAAGGAGAAAGAAGAAUUUGCGAAAAUUGUCAAUAUGAGUGUUUAGCCACAUUUUAUUGUGAAAUAUGUAUUCGAAAUUAUUUAAAAGCAUAUUUUUCAAACUGGACGUCCGGAAAUGAUGAUAUAGAUAAUUUAAUACAGAAUUUUCAAAUGGAAACAUUUGCUCCAACUAGGAUAAUUGAAUGGAUACCAUAUAAUAAUUUUCGAAAUAUUAAGUAUUUAACUGAAGACACAUCCGAGAUUUAUACGGCAAAAUGGACUGAUGGACCUUAUGAUAAAUGGGAUUCUAAAAAACAACAAUUAAAAAGGUUUGGUAUGCUUAGAGUGAUACUUAAAAAGUUAGAAAAUGAUGAAGAUGCAAAUAUAAGUUGGCUUGAGAAGGCAAAUAAUAAAUUUUCAGGCGUUGUUAAAUGUUUUGGUUUAACUAUUAAUCCAGAGGGGUAUUAUAUGCUUGUAUUACAGCAAAUGGACAUUAACUUAAAGGAAUAUAUACAACAAAAUCAUAAUAAAAUUACAUGGAAAGAAAGAAUUGACAUAAUUUGUGAUAUAAUAAAAUCACUUUACGAAAUUCAUAAAGAGAAAGCAAUUCAUAGAAACUUACAUUCCAGGCAUAUAUUAUAUUUACAAAGUGCGAAUUUAUGGUGCAUUUCUGGUCUUGGAUUUUGUGGGCCUGCUGAUAAAUCACCGGAAUAUAUAUAUGGAAAUCUUCCUUAUAUGGCACCUGAACUUAUUAAUGGAAAAGCUUAUAAUUUUGCAUCUGAUAUAUAUAGUAUUGGUAUGCUUAUGUGGGAAAUUUCUUCCGGAAAACCACCAUUUGAAGAUUAUGAUCAUGAUUAUGGUCUUGCAAUGAAAAUUACCAAUGGAAUCAGACCAAAAAUGAUACCAGAAAUUCCCUUAGAAUAUAAACAGUUAAUAGAACAAUGUUGGUGUGCUGACCCAUCAAAGAGACCUGAUAUAGAUUAUCUUCAUAAUAAAAUAUUUGAAAUAAGAAAUUUAUAUUGUCAAAAUGGUUAUGAUGAACUAACAUUUUACAAGUAUAAUAUUAAUUUAUAUCAGUUUUUUCAGUCAAACAAAAGCAUAAAGCUUAAAAUAAAGAUAAAUGAUUAUAUUUUGGAUUUGGACAAUCAUUCCCGGGAAAAUGGAAAUGAAAAGAUUGAUGAUUUUAUUCGAGAAAUACAAUCGGAUAUUGAUGAUUUUAAUGAUAUAGUAUUUGAAUGGAUACCAUACAAUCAAUUUGAUGAAAUUAAAGAAAUGGGUAAAAAUGGUUCUAUUACAAUAUAUUCAGCAAUAUGGAAAGAUGGUCCAUUAGAAUAUGAUGCAGAUAAAAAAAUAUAUACUAAUGGGGAUCCGAAUAGAGUAAUUGCUUUGAAAUGUUUACAUGAUUCCCAAAACAUUACUGAUAAAUUUUUAAAUGAGGUUAAAGAAUACUCAAUAAAUAAAAGAAGUAAUAUUCUUAAUGUGUAUGGAAUAUCUCAAAAUCCACAUACAAAAGACUAUAUUAUGGUUCUUGAUUAUGCAAAAGAUGGAAAUUUUAUUAAAUGGACAAAUGAAAAUUAUGAAUAUUUUAAUUGGCAAGAUAAAUUAUCUGCAUUGCUUAAUAUUAUUAAUGGCCUUAAAGAAAUUCAUCAAAAAAAUAUAGUUCAUCGUAAUUUUCAUACAGGGAAUAUAUUAUUUUUAAAUAGCAAAGAUGAUUUUAGUAAUUGUAUAUCAAUUUCAGAUAUGGGAUUAUGUGGAGAAGUUGGUAAUAUAGAUGAAACAAAAAUUUUAGGAGUAAUACCUUAUGUGGCUCCUGAAGUAUUAAGAGGAAAGUCUUAUACUAAAGCAGCAGAUAUCUAUAGUUUUGGUAUGAUUAUGUAUUUUGUAGCAACUGGAAGACAACCUUUUUACAAUCGUGCACAUGAUAACUUAUUAGCAUUAGAUAUUUGUAAUGGAAAUAGUCCUGAAAUAAAUGAACCAGAAGCACCAAGAUGUUAUAUUGAUUUAAUGAAAAAGUGUUGGGAUUUAAACCCAAAGAAUAGACCACACAUUAAUGAAGUGGAUGAAGUGAUUACAUCAUUGCAUAAAUCAUCUGGAGUGGAUAUUUUUAUUGUAAAAAAUGAAGAAAUUGAAAUGCAAUUUAAGGAAGCAGAAGAAUAUAGAAAGGCAAAUCUUUCAUCCAUUAAAAAUUACCAAGCAGAUACUCAUACACAAGCUAUUUACACAUCUCGAUUACUUAAUCCUUUUACAAAAAAUCUUUCACAAUCAUAUAAUGAAGAUUAUGAAUCUGACCUUUUAGAUUAUGCAAUCUAAAUUAAUCUAAAUUAAACCAAACAAGAUAUAAAUAAGCAUAUUACAAUACAAAUUUCGUCUUCUU